AUGUGUUUCUCUCUUAUUGGUUCCUCAUUUCUAGGCAAUCCAACAAUCUUCAUUUUCUUAUUCCAAAGAAAUGGUCCCAAUUUGCAACUGGAUUCCCCUCUCUCUUAUUCUAGCUCUCCUUCUCCGCUUUGCUCUCGCUUUUCUCUUCCUUCUUUCUUCCCUCUCAGUUUUCAUUCUCUUCGACCCUUUUUCACUUCAAAGGCCACUUCUCAAGCUGCCAGUGACUCCUCUCAGCCUUCCCAAUCCAAAACGGUAAGGGUAGCGAUAAAGGGUAGGGUUCAAGGUGUGUUUUAUAGGAACUGGACAAUAGAGAAUGCUACUCAAUUAAGGUUGAAAGGUUGGGUUAGGAACAGGAACAGGAACGAUGGUUCGGUGGAAGCUCUUUUCUCCGGGAACCCCGACUCUGUUCAAGAAAUGGAGCAGUGGUGCCGACGUGGUCCACCAGCUGCCAUGGUCACAGGGCUUGAAGUUUUCCCUUCUAGUGAUGAUCCUGGCACUGGAUUUGAGAGGAAGCAGACAGUUUGAAGGCACUAUAUAUGAAAGAGCUUAGCCCAGUCUAUAUUAUAACGUUGUACUAUGAGGAAUAAAGUAAAAUAAAAUAGCCAAGUGGUU